AAAGCUUGUUGUCGAUGAAUAACAGUGAUAUAAGUUGUGUCAAUAUAAUUAGUGAAUAUCUCUUCCACUGUGUUUAUACUGUCUGAAACAAAAUUAUAAUUAUAAUUAGUGAUUUAAGUCUUGUGUUAAUAUAGUUUUCGGCGACAUAUUUUUGUCCAGUGCCUUGUACUAUUCAACUAUUUUAAGGUAAUAGCAAUUUUUGCAAUGAUCUAUUUCAGUUCUUAUAUGCACUUAGUAGUAGACACUAACUCUCAUUUGUCACUAAGCCCCAGGUAAAAGUGAAAAAGAUUUGCCCUCAGAGAGUAUGGUAAGUACUAUAAUGCAUUUGUUUUAGCAAGUUGUACAAGCAUUUAUUUUUUGUUCAGUUCAUUUUGUUCAUGCUGCAUCGAAGAAAGAAAAUGAGUUAAAUUGAGAGUUUUGUGUCAUUAAUAGUAGUCAUCUUAAUAUUUUUUUACUGUACAAGUUAUGUAUCUCCACUCCACCCCGCUCAUUGCACAAAUAUUGCAAAAAUACAAUUCUUGAUAUAAAAUGAUAUAACUUUAGUAGCUUCUAUUCUUUUUAUGAAGCUAUCUUAGUGCGCGCUAGGCUAAACGAUGAUAUUUAUCACUUAUUUUAUUUGAGCAUGAAGGUUCGAUUAGUUUCUUUUCCUUUAUAGGAAAGUUUAUGCCUAUUGAAAGGUCAUUUUUAUUUGGAGUUUUAUGCCUAUGAAAUACAGAUUUAUGUGAAGACACAACUGUAAAGAUUAAUUUUAACAACUUGACGUUGCUUCCAGAAAGAGGAAAUAAUUAAAAUCAUACGAGGAGCAUGUUAAAAAGCUGCUUGAGAUGACUCCACCAAAGGGUAAAGAUUUUCUUCAUAAAGUUGAUCGAGCAUAUAGUCGAACGUGAAAAGAAUUGGGUGUGGUGGAAGCGUGAUGGCUGUCCCCCAUUUGAAAAACAACCUAUAGAGAAGAAAGUUGUCCAAGAUGGAGCUAAGAAACGUAGGCCAAGGUGGAGACUUGGAAAUAAAGAACUCUCUCAAUUAUGGAAAUGGUCAGAUCAGAAUCCGAAUGCUUCAACGGAUCCUCAACGUGUUCAGACUCCUUCCAUAGCAGAAUACUGGAAACCAUUGGCAGAAGAUAUGGAUCCUGCUGCUGGGAUAGAAGCUGAAUAUCACCAUAAAAACAACAGGGUGUAUUGCUGGAAAGGUCUACGGUUUUCAACUAGACAGGACUUGGAGGAAUUUUCUAAGUUUACUGACCAUGGCGUUGAGGGAGUAGUGCAUGUAGAACUUUUACCACCCGAUUUUCGUUCCAAAUACCAGUCUAAACCAAAUGACAGGGCUAAACGUCCAAAAAACGAAGAACCAAAAGGUUCCGCACAGCAAGGGGAAGAAAAUCAGAUCUCAACUCCUGCGAGUGAAAAUGAUGAAGGAAUCAGAGCUAGCUACCGCCAUUGCAAUAUCUUCUCCUUGAAACCCCGCACCAGUCCCUUGGUUCUGACGGAGAAGGCUUCGUGACAUUAGUAGCAAGUUCGUAACGACGAAAACUUAUCGAUGAUAAAGGAGAACUUUCUGAAUCAGAUCUGAAGGUAGAAGAAGAUGAAGAGGAAGAUGAAGAUAUAUGUUUACGUGUAUUUUACCGUAAUUCUUUUUUCUUUAUUUAUUUUUAUAAAAAUGUAAAGAGUAGAAAGAUGUGCAAAAAUAAAAACUUAUAUUUUAAGUAUGUGUGGCUUUGCAAGAAACGUUAGUCCCAUCUUCUUCUGCUUCUGUAGUGAAGUUACUUUUAGAGUGAUACUCCUAUUAUAUUCCUUUACACACACUCAUUAUGAUCUUGGACUCUCAAUCUAAACUUAACUAUGAAUCUCAAGUAUGUGCUUUAAAAAUUGGAGAUUAGAACUUCGUUUUAGAAUAGAGUUCCACCUAUUUAUAGUUAUUACAUUUAAUCCCAAUAGAUUCUCUAAGAAAUUAAAUUAUAUAAUCGAUCCAAUCACGAAAUUAAAAAAUUGUUUAGUAGAUAUACAUAUA